CUUAUUUCGCUUCAGACUUCAGGUUAGAUGCACAAAAAGCGGUGUAGUAUCGCUGUUUGGAAUUUAACGUUUGGAAUUAAAAAUUAUUAACUAUUGAAAUAGUUUCGGAUAGUGUUCGGUUCUACAUUAAGGUAAGGGCAGCAUGUGCGGUAUUUGGGCAACAUUCGGUGUAACUGGUGGCCUCACUCCUACCUGCGUAAAAUGUUUUUCAAACAUUCGCCACCGAGGUCCGGACGCGUGGCGAAUUGAGCAAGAUGCUAGAGAGCCGUUGGCUAUUCUCGGAUUUCAACGUCUCGCUAUCGUGGACGGUCUGCACGGUAUGCAACCGAUGCGCCUACACUGUUACCCUCGCACUACGUUAAUCUGUAAUGGUGAGAUUUACAACUGUAAACGCCUACAGAAACAGCAUGAGUUUCAAUAUGAAACUAACUGUGAUGUCGAAGCCAUCAUACAUUUGUAUCAAAGAUUCGGCAUAGAAGAAGCCGUCACUAACCUUGACGGGGUUUUUUCGUUUUGCCUUGUUGACGGUGAGAAGAAGAAAGUUUAUAUCGCCCGUGAUCCUUAUGGCGUUAGACCUCUAUUUAGUUUUCAUGACCCUGAAAACGAUGUUCUCGCUAUUUGUUCUGAAGCUAAAGGCUUGCUCGGCUUAAAGCAAAAUGGCAGCCCAAACUCGACACUCGGUCAAUUCUCUCCGGGUAACUUACAAGUGUGGAGUAUACUUGAAAGUGGUAAAGUCAAACUUGAUUACACACAUCAAUAUUUCACACCUGGGAAGGCACCCAAAUUUGAGCCUUACGUACCGGAAAAUAAAUUAAUCGAUAUGAACGUCAAUGAAAAGAUUGCGUAUUUAUUGGAGGCCGCUUGCCGAAAACGACUUAUGUCCGAUCGACGAAUAGGCUGCUUACUUAGUGGUGGAUUAGAUUCCUCGUUAAUCACCGCCAUUGUAGUGAAACUUGCAAAGGAAUACAAAUUGCCUUACAAAAUACAAACUUUCGCAAUCGGGAUGGGCGAUUCUCCAGAUCUUGCAGCCGCCAGAACCGUGGCGGAUUAUUUAGGAACGGAACAUCACGAAGUUCAAUUCGAUGAAAACGAUAUAAGAAAAGAACUGGAUAACGUUAUUUACCAUUUAGAAUCUUAUGAUAUAACAACUAUUCGAGCGAGUUUGCCAAUGUACCUUUUGUCAAAGUAUAUUAAAGAAAAAACAGACACAACAGUGGUAUUUAGCGGAGAAGGAGCCGAUGAACUAGCGCAAGGCUAUAUCUACUUCAGAGACGCACCGUCUGAAAAGGAUGCACAUAAAGAGAGCGUACGUUUGCUUUCUGAUAUUUAUCUCUAUGAUGGACUGCGAGCAGAUCGAACGACGAGUGCCUUUAGUUUAGAAUUACGAGUACCGUUUUUAGAUAUCCAAUUCACUCAUCACUAUCUUUCAAUACCUCCUAAACUACGACAACCCCAAAACGGCGUUGAGAAACAUCUGUUAAGAAGUAGUUUUGCAAAAAGUGGAUUAUUGCCAGACUGUGUGCUGUGGCGACACAAAGAAGCAUUUAGUGAUGGUGUGUCUUCAGUUAAAAAAUCGUUGUUCUCGGUCAUAAAAGAGAUCACAACUGAAAGAUUACAAGAAGACGAUAUACAAUAUCCAGGACUGCAGCCGAAAACGAAUGAAUCCAAAUAUUACCGCUACGUAUUUGAGAAAUCAUUUCCAGGACAACAUAAUUUUACUCCGUACUAUUGGAUGCCAAAAUGGGUUCAGGUUUCAGACCCUUCGGCAAGGUUUAUUAAACAUUAUGCGGCAAAAUGAUAACUCAUACACCUACAAAAUUAUUAAUGUUAAUGUUAUUUUUGGUUGAUAAUAAAAAUAAAUUGUUGGA